AAAAAAAAAAUCGAAACUGUGAAUCUCUUGUCUGAGAUUAAAGGAAGACGAAGAGAUCGACAAGGAGCAAUGGGAAACGGAAGCUCAAAGGGAGAGCCAAAGGAAUCUCGACGGUCAAGGCUAAGACAGAAGCUACAGAGGUUUCGCACUCACCGUGUUCAUUUACGUUCACGUUUCUCCCGUAACGCUGCCGGAGUUACGAAUCAGAGAGCUGUCACCGUCGAUGAUUUUUCUGGCAUUGCUCUUCUCACUCUCAUUGGCGCGGACAUGAAGUUUAAGGACAAGUGGCUAGCUUGUGUUUCGUUCGGAGAACAAACAUUCAGAACAGAAGUUUCAGACGCUACGGAGAAGCCGAUUUGGAACUCGGAAAAGAAGCUUCUCUUGGAGAAAAAUGGACCCAGUCUCGCUAGGGUCUCUGUAUUCGAGACCAAUAGGCUAUCGAGGAAUAAAAUCGUUGGUUAUUGCGAGCUUGAUAUAUUCGAUUUUGUGGUGCAGGAACCUGAGUCGGCUUGUAAGUCCUUUGACCUGUUAGAUCCUGCUUCAUCCAAUGUUGUUGGCUCCAUUUUCCUUUCAUGCGCUAUUGAGGAUCCUGUUGAAACCGAGAAGCGGUUUGCAAAGCGUAUCUUGUCAGUAGUGGACUACAAUGAAGAUGGACAACUCUCAUUCUCAGAGUUUUCUGAUCUAAUCCGUGCUUUCGGAAACUUAGUGGCUGCUAACAAGAAAGAGGAGUUGUUCAGAGCUGCUGACCUGAACGGUGACGGUGUUGUGACUAUUGAUGAGUUAGCUGCGCUUCUUGCUCUUCAACAAGAGAAGGAGCCAAUUAUAAAUAACUGUCCGGUGUGUGGUGAGGCUCUUCAACUCACUGACAAGCUCAACGCCAUGAUACAUAUGACUCUCUGUUUCGACGAAGGAACGGGUAAUCAAGUGAUGACUGGUGGGUUUUUGACUGAUAGACAAGCUUCAUAUGGAUGGAUGUUCAAACUAAGUGAAUGGACACACUUAUCUACUUAUGACGUUGGUUUGAACACUGGUUCAAGUGCUUCUCAUAUUGUGGUGAUUGACAGGAAGACUAAGAGGCUUGUGGAAGAGUUGAUAGACUCAAAGAUUGUUCUGUCCAUGAGAGCUAUUUACCAGUCCAAAAUUGGACUUAGACUUAUGGAUCAAGGGGCAAAGGAGAUACUGCAGAGACUUUCUGAGAAGCAGGGGAAGAAAAUGAACUCUGUUGAAUCCGCACAAAAAAUUCCCAGCUUUCUUGAGUUCUUUAAGGAUCAAAUAAACAUGGCUGAAGUCAAGUAUCCUAUACAACACUUCAAGACAUUCAAUGAAUUUUUUAUAAGGGAGUUGAAACCUGGUGCAAGACCAAUAGCAUACAUGAAUCGUGAUGAUGUUGCUGUAUGUGCUGCUGAUUGUCGAUUAAUGGCAUUCCAGUCAGUUGAGGAUAGCACCAGAUUCUGGAUCAAGGGUAAGAAGUUUUCGAUAAGAGGCCUUCUAGGGAAGAAUGUGAAUCCAGAUGCUUUUCUUGAUGGAUCUUUAGUAAUAUUCAGACUAGCACCACAGGAUUAUCAUCGGUUUCAUGUCCCUGUCUCUGGAGUCAUUGAAAAGUUUGUCGAUGUUUCUGGAAGCUUAUAUACAGUUAAUCCGAUAGCGGUCAAUAGCAAAUACUGUAACGUUUUCACGGAGAAUAAACGAACCGUGGCAAUUAUAUCAACAUCAGAGUUCGGAAAGGUUGCUUUUGUUGCAAUCGGUGCAACAAUGGUUGGUAGCAUCAAUUUUGUCAGAAAGGAAGGGGACCAUUUGAAGAAAGGAGACGAACUUGGUUAUUUCUCUUUUGGUGGAAGCACCGUUAUAUGCGUCUUCGAAAAGGAUUCAAUUCGGAUCGAUGAGGAUCUUUUAGCUAACAGUGGUAGGUCUUUAGAGACAUUAGUUAGUGUUGGUAUGCAACUAGGUGUCUCCACCAGGACAUUUGCUGGUUCUACAUGA